CUCUUCUUCUCGCGAUAGUAGCUUGCUUAUGCAGCCGCCAUAUUCUGUGACAGUAUUUUGAUUCGUAUCUGCUGGAAGUGAGGAAAAAGAGAAAAGUGAAGGGCUGUCGAGGGGAGGGGGGGGCUGAAGAAGAGGAGCUGUCAAAAAGGUAUUCCCGAGUCCCUGUCAAACGGCGGAAGGCUGAGACUCGGUAUCCCUCCCCUAACGCUACUUCGAGGACACACAAGGCCCGGGGCCUCGGUGCAGUUGGCUCUUCGUCUCCCUGGUAGUAGCUGGACCCUUCUCGGCUUCUCCUCUCCGAGCUCCGCGGCCCUCUGGAGGUCCGGCGGCGGUCUCGGGUGUUGAAGGCGGCCCGGGGAGCGGCGGCGGUGGCAGCGGAGACGGAAAGGUAAGUUCCAAAGAUGUUCAAGAUGAAGGCGGUUUUCUGCCACGACUGACGCCCCAGUGCGCUGAACAGAACAAGCAGUCCUGACCUGGCAACAUACGAAUGGCCCAGGGAAGCCACCAGAUUGACAUUCAGGUUUUGCAUGACCUGCGCCAGAAGUUCCCUGAAGUACCAGAGGGUGUUGUAUCCCAGUGUGUUCUGCAGAACAACAACAAUUUAGACGCCUGCUGUGAAUACUUGUCCCAGGUCAGUCCAGGCUACCUGUACAGUGAAGAAGGAAACCUCAGCUUUUCUGACGACCCCACCUUCCCCAGGCUCCGUAAUCACAUGACCCAGCUGAACCUGGGCCUGCAAUCUCAGAAUGUGCACGUGGCCCCGGUUCGGGACGGCCUGAGAAUGAACGGCAGCCGGACUCUGGCCCACAGCCUGAGUGACGGGCCCCUCCAGACAGGCCAGGCCCCCAACAGUGACUUCUUUCAGCAGGAUCCCCAGUCAGCCCCAGUGCAGGUGCCCUCCAGCCUCAAUGUAUUUGGUGUGAUGGAGCCCACACGCAAACCGCAGCCUCCACAGCACCUUGGACUCUACCCUCUGGGUGUCAAAGGAACGAGUAUGGGUGCCCAGCAGACACCGCGCUUUAACCCCAUUACCGUGACGCUAGCCCCCAAUACAGGCCGCAACACCCCCACUUCUUUGCACAUACAUGGCGGGCCACAGUCGGGCCUCAGCAGUCCACAGGGUAACUCUAUCUACAUCAGGCCCUAUGUUAGCCAGUCCGGUACGACCCGGCAGAACCAGCAGCAGGGAGGCAGGGCCCAGUACAGCCCCACUUCCCAGCCCCCGCAGCAGAUCUACCAGAUCUCACACCCUUCCUCCCUGUCCGGCUCCUGGUCCGGCCCUCAGCACGCCUCCUCACAUACCUCACAACACCAGACCCAGGGCCACCAGACCUCGCACGUCUAUAUGCCAAUCAGCUCCCCAACAAAUCCCCAGGCGCCCUCCAUUCUUCCCUCCGGAAGCCUGGCCUCUUCCUCCGGUGUCUCCUCGUGCUCUUCUUCCUCUUCCUCCUCCUCUGUCAUGCCCACCUCCCUUUCUACCAUCAGUCAGUACAACAUCCAGAACAUCUCCACUGGCCCACGGAAGAAUCAGAUAGAGAUCAAACUUGAAUCUCCUCAGAGGAGCAACUCCACAACCACAACAGCCGUGCUGCGGACAAGCAGCGGGCCACGGUCCUCCUCCACCUCCUCCUCCUGUCCAUCCUCUUCCUCCUCUUCAACCGGGGUGGCUACUGUCCCUACCACCCCUCUCUCUAUCGGAGGCCCAGGUCUGAGCCGCAGCCAGCCCACUGUUUACAUCUCUGCAAGCCCGCCUACUGCUGCUUCCACUCCCUCUGAGGAGGCCGUCGUGGCCUCAGCCGGCUCCCGCUCCCAACCCAAGUUUUACAUUUCUGCCAAUGCCUCCAGCGACGACAGUGGGGGAAGGAACCCUCCCACAGUCUACAUCUCAGCCAACCCUCCCUUGCAGGGGCCCUCAGGGGCCAGGAACAUGGGGGGCCAAGUGAGCAUGGGCCCCGCCUACAUCCACCACCAUCCUCCUAAAUCCCGUGCCUCUGUGGGAGGGGGAGGCACAGCUUCUUCCCCACGCGUGGUGGUGACUCAGCCCAACACCAAAUACACUUUUAAAAUCACGGUGUCACCCAAUAAGCCCCCAGCUGUGUCCCCUGGAGUCGUGUCCCCUACUUUUGAGCCCAACAACCUUCUCAGCCUACCCUCAGACCACCACUUUGUGGAGCCAGACCCCCUCCAUCUCUCAGACCCACUGUCGCCGCACAGAGAGAGGCCGAGCGAGCCUCGCAGACUCAGCAUGGGCUCUGAUGAUGCAGCGUACACACAAGCGUUGUUGGUCCAUCAGAAGGCCCGCAUGGAGAGACUGUGGCACGAGCUGGAGCUGAAGAAGAAGAAGCUGGAAAAGCUAAAAGAGGAGGUCAACGAGAUGGAGAACGACCUGACCAGGAGACGGCUGGAGAGAUCCAAUUCGGCCUCCCAAAUUCCUUCUAUUGAGGAGAUGAAGCAGUUGCGAUGCAAAAACAGGUUACUGCAGAUUGACAUCGACUGUCUCACCAAAGAAAUCGAUCUCCUUCAAACAAGAGGACCAGACUUUAAUCCCAGUGCAAUCCAUAAUUUUUAUGACAACAUUGGAUUCCUUGGUCCUGUCCCACCCAAACCCAAAGGUACUUUAUCUAUUGGGCCAGACAGGAGAGGAUGUAGAUAUAAUGUGACCUCUAAACUCAUGAUGGAACCCUCCUCUGGUCCUUCCCCUCCUCUCCCACUUGACUCGGGCAGUAAGGUUGUGAAGCCCAACGCAGACCAGGAGGAGGACGAGGGGAAGCAGUGGAGCUGCAACGCCUGCACCUUCCUCAACCAUCCCGCCCUCAACCGCUGUGAACAGUGCGAGUUCCCACGGCACUUCUGAGCCAACGAGGCUGCGACGCGCCACCCCCCAUCCCCUCUCCUACGCCUACCUGCCUUGACUAGAAUAGAAAAGGGCCCGCUCUGUUUCUCCCCCCCCCCCAGUUGUAUGACAACUGGGACAGGUCAUAGUCAUCGUGCAUCACGCGGCCUGAUUUCCCUUGAUUUUUCUUUUUUUUUUCUCUCCUCCUCUCUAAGGUUUGUAGAAUGCUGUCCACUGAAGGCUCGACUGGAUAGUGUUUACAGCUUGUGUUUUUUUCAUAAAGGCUGGUAGAGUCGGACGAUACCUCACCUUAGAGACUUGGAUCGCGUGGGGUCACCUCCCCCCUCCCUUUUCUGCUCGACGGGUGACACUUUAACCCCCGGGGGAUACCUCGCUGCUCCCACUUACAGUAUUACGAGUGUGGCCCUGCAGUGUGACGGCACACAUACAUACAUAGACACACAAACACACACACACACACACACACACACACACACACACACACAAACACACACACACAACACAGGUGCCAAUGUGCCUUUUUGCUGAUUGAAUUUUAUUUUUUUCUUCCUCUGUGGUGGCAUGACCGGGGGGAUUGGGAACUGUGUUCAGCCACUGCUCUCCAUCUGAAGGGAAAACUAACAGACUAAUCGUGGAGUUUGUUUGCUGUUUCUAGAGGAUGUCAGAGGGGGAACUCAAAUGUGCCUCUUGUCCUUCCCCUUCAGUAUCCCCUUUUCUGUCUCUUCAGUCAUGAGUUAUGAAAAAAAAUAAACUACGUUGCAUGCUUUGUGUACAGUACACGGAGGCAGAAACUCCCCUUGAGCUUUUUACUGUACAUAAUUUUAGAAUGUGCCUUAAAAGCCUUCUUCCUCACACUAUGAAUCACGUGUAUUUCCUGUAAGUAUAGCUUUAUAGACUUUAUUAACUUUUUUUGUCUUGUUUUGUUUCCCUCUUUCAAACAAAUAAGCACCAUGCUCCCUUUUUUUUUUUUUUUUUUUAAAGCUUUUUACUUGAUUUCUGUGAGAGUUGAAGCCUUGCAGAAGGAGAGGAGCAGAGCAGUAAAAAAAAACCUUGCAGUCAUCAUGAAGCUACAUCUGCCCGGUCCGUUCAUCGCUUGUGUAAUUGCUGAGUUUCCUGUGUACGAUCUGUAGAUGCAGCAAAGUGGAAGCCGAUGGAGUUUUUUUUUUUUUUUUUUUUUUUUUUUUCCUUCUUCUUAUUUCCAGGACACCAAAUAUGUCGGAACUGUUCGUGGGAGGGAAAGGCUCAAAAAAGCAAAAAUUACAAACUGCCAUCUUAUCUGACAACUGGAAUGUAGGUUUAACGUUUGGGGACAACUACACCUCAGUGCAAAGAGACGCUCAUUUUCCAGUACAAUCAGGAUGUUGCUGCAGAUGGAUGUCAAAGUGCUCCUGGAACAGCUGAUUGGCUUAAACGUUUCCAUGUCGCUGUGCACCUGAAUUGGUUGAUUUUUUUUUUUUUUUUUUUUUCUGUGAGGUACCAAAGAUCAAAGUGAAUAUGUUUCUGUUGAAAGUGUUCCUGUGAUGUAGAAAUAUUCAUAUGGGUCCCAUGCCUUUAUAUAGAGCAGGUCACAAUUGUCACAUCUUGGAAGCAGACAAGGCAAAAAAAACAACUUGUUUUUAGCAAAAUGUAAGCACAACAUGACUGUCCACUUUGUAUACUCUUAUUUUUUAUUUGGCUCAUUUCAUCCUCCUAAGCUUUUAUUGAUGAGGGUGUUUCUAAAGUUUACUUAUUGUCAUUAACUUACCUUAACUGUGGAGUUGUUACUUUGUUUUGUUUUUUUCCACAUUUGUGAAAUGUUGCCUUGCAUCAUCAGUGCCUUUUUAGAACUAUUGAAUUUAUAUCAAUAAUCUAUCCUGUCACAUCCGAAUGCCAAUUUUUCAAACCAAAAUUGUAGUAUUGUUUAAACCCAUUUAAAAGUAGAAGAUGAAUUAUUGUCUCUCAAGCACUUACGCCAUACUUCUUUCCUUUUUCCAACCCAAAGAAACCAGUUUUCAGCUUUUACCUGCACCUUGGUGUGAAGAGGCAGUUUAUUCAUGUUUUAUUAAAUGGAAAAAAAAUAAUUUGGAUAUCUAAAGUGUUUUUUGAUUUUAGCUGGGAAAACUGUCUUUGUAACAGAUAAGUUAUUUGUAAAAAUAAUAAAAAAAAUCUAUUCUGAA